AAAAAAAAAAAGGGCGUGUGUGCGGAGUGAAGGCGGUGUUUUUGACCGUUUCAUGUGGGUCUAUAAGGUGUUUUAGAUAUCAUUUAUUUUUAUUUUUUAAAACACCACCUGGGUCUGAAGGACACAGUCGAGGAUGGGUUGCACGCUGAGCACGGAGGACAAGGCGGCGGUGGAGCGCAGUAAAAUGAUCGACAGGAAUCUGCGGGACGACGGGGAGAAGGCGGCCCGGGAGGUCAAGCUGCUGCUGCUCGGCGCUGGCGAAUCAGGGAAAAGUACAAUUGUCAAGCAGAUGAAGAUCAUCCAUGAGGCCGGCUACUCAGAAGAGGAAUGUAAGCAGUACAAGGCCGUGGUCUACAGCAACACCAUCCAGUCCAUCAUCGCCAUCAUCAGAGCCAUGGGGCGCCUCAAGAUCGACUUUGGCGAUGCCGCAAGAGCUGACGAUGCGCGGCAGCUGUUUGUGCUGGCCGGCUCGGCGGAGGAGGGCUUCAUGACGGGAGAGCUGGCCGGUGUCAUUAAGCGGCUGUGGAAGGACGGAGGUGUUCAUGCCUGCUUCAGCCGCUCCCGUGAAUAUCAGCUCAAUGACUCGGCUGCAUACUACUUGAACGAUUUGGACAGGAUAUCCCAGGCCACCUACAUCCCAACCCAGCAGGAUGUCCUGAGGACUCGCGUCAAAACCACAGGCAUUGUGGAGACCCACUUCACAUUCAAGGACCUGCACUUCAAAAUGUUUGAUGUCGGCGGUCAGCGGUCCGAGAGGAAGAAGUGGAUCCACUGCUUCGAGGGUGUGACCGCCAUCAUCUUCUGCGUGGCCCUCAGCGACUACGACCUGGUGCUGGCUGAGGACGAGGAGAUGAACCGGAUGCACGAGAGUAUGAAGCUGUUCGACAGCAUCUGCAACAACAAGUGGUUCACGGACACCUCCAUCAUCCUCUUCCUCAACAAGAAGGACCUGUUUGAGGAGAAAAUCAAGAAGAGUCCGCUAACCAUCUGCUACCCAGAAUACGCCGGCUCCAACACGUACGAGGAAGCAGCUGCCUACAUUCAGUGUCAGUUCGAGGACCUGAACAAGAGGAAGGACACCAAGGAGAUUUACACCCACUUCACCUGCGCCACAGACACCAAGAAUGUGCAGUUUGUCUUUGACGCCGUCACCGACGUCAUCAUCAAGAACAACCUUAAGGACUGCGGCCUCUUCUGAGGAUAAUGGCUACGAAGAUUACCUUAUUUUCUUUUCUUGGCAGUGGAGCCAGUUUAUUGUGCAUCUUUGGUGGGGAAGAUGAGAAGAGUCGGGAGGACCAGUCACGGACCAGUGCUGUACUAUAUGCCACUUUUAACAGCUUUAUUUAUGUUUUCUGUCUCGGGACAUUUUAAACUAGCGUCGCGUCAUUUGUGUAAGAUGUUUGUAUCAUUGUAAGAGCGUCACCGCAACAUUUUCCACACACAAAAAAAAUUAAAAAACGUUCUAUUUACUUUUUAUUUUUUGAGGAGGAGGUGGAGGAAUUCCUAUUUUUUGCUGUUCCUUCUGCCGCCGUCUCUGGAAAAGGAAACUUUGUUGUUGGUGGAAAAUACUUCUUUUCUUCCUUCACUUCAACCAGAAAAGGGAAGAAAAAGGGGUUAAACUUUGAGUCCAGUUUGUUGGUACUUGUGCCUUCGCAUGCCUUUUACUGCGGCCGUAGUCCCAAUGCUUGUUCUGUUGCCUGCUGAAUUGUUCUUAACAUAAAGAGGUAAACUGUUUUCAUAUGUUUAGUGUCCCUGCUAUCUUCUAUGUGCACACCACUGAGCUAUCGGGAGGAGGAAGAUAUCCCUCUGGUCUGAAGGUACAUGGGUCUCCAUGGUGACCAACGUGUAGCCUCCACAGUCCCCCAUACCCCCACCCCACCCCAUCCCCCCACCAGCCAUGACAAUGGAAGGCCUCUGGCCGAUCACGCUGUACAAUACUGAGAUGUAUAUUGUUACAUUUGCCCCGCGGAUCUGGGGUUCUGGUUUUUAAACUGUACAAAAAAUAUUCCAUUCUUCCCAAUUCGGAAAAUGGUUAGUUUUAGGCAUUGAGCUCGUAAUACGCUCAAGUGUUUAAAGUACAAAAGAACCAAGGUAGGCACAUUUUAAUGUAUAUUUAAAUGUUUAUGGAGGCGAGUUUUUGGCGUUAAGGUGAGGAAAAAACUGAACCACAGGAAAGAUGGUUGUAAAGGCGAGGAUGAGGUCUGAAAUGUUUGAAGGUUCAGACGACGUUCUGGGUCCUGUAUAGAGGUGAUUUGAGAGCAGAGGCGCUGCUCGAGGAUCCAUGAAGCCUUUCAGUCAGGUGAAGGGAAACUGAGACGGUCAAGCGAGCCUGGUCUGUGAUUUUUUUUUAAAUCAGUACUACUUUGCCAACAGGAGUGACAAAUAUGGUCCUGGAUCUGUUCAUAUAAAGAAACUGCCACAAUUGUCGAUGUGUGUGUGUAUAUGUUCUCCGCGGAUGGAGAACCUUUGUAGACUCAUCUCCCUUAUUUUGCUAAUAAAAACCAUUUACAAACCA